GAAGAGGCUGAAUGAGGAGCUGCGCGGGGGAAGCGGGGCGCCGGGGGAGGAGGCGGAGGCAUGGAAGCAGACGCUGGCGUCGCGCGAGCCCCCGGCAGAGCGGCGCGGUAGAGAGGGCGGCGGCGGCGACGGCGCGCGCGGAGCCCUGACGUGCCCCUUUCUUUCUUCUCUCUCUGGAAAGCUGGGAAGCAUGAGCGUGCAGACCUGCCGCUGCGGCGGCCGCUCCGGCUCCUCGCCUCCCCCUCUUCUGGCCGCCCCUCGCCGGUGAGAGAAGAGAACGCGAGAAGGGAAGAUGGGGGCCGUCCUGAGGAGCCUCCUGGCCUGCAGUUUCUGUGCGCUCCUGAGAGCGGCCCCUUUGUUGCUUUAUGCAAACAGACGGGACUUGCGAUUGGUUGAUGCUACAAAUGGCAAAGAGAAUGCUACAAUUGUAGUUGGAGGCUUGGAGGAUGCAGCUGCGGUGGACUUUGUAUUUGGUCAUGGCUUGAUAUACUGGAGUGAUGUCAGCGAAGAAGCCAUUAAACGAACAGAGUUUAACAAAACUGAGAGUGUACAGAAUGUUGUUGUCUCUGGAUUAUUGUCCCCUGAUGGGCUGGCAUGUGAUUGGCUUGGAGAAAAAUUAUACUGGACAGAUUCUGAAACAAAUCGGAUUGAAGUUUCUAAUUUAGAUGGAUCUUUACGAAAAGUGUUAUUUUGGCAAGAGUUGGAUCAACCCAGAGCUAUUGCCUUAGAUCCUUCAAGUGGGUUCAUGUACUGGACAGACUGGGGAGAAGUACCAAAGAUAGAACGUGCUGGAAUGGAUGGUUCAAGUCGCUUCAUUAUAAUAAACACUGAAAUUUACUGGCCAAAUGGACUGACUUUGGAUUAUGAGGAACAGAAGCUUUAUUGGGCAGAUGCAAAACUAAAUUUCAUCCACAAAUCAAAUCUGGAUGGAACAAAUCGGCAGGCAGUGGUUAAAGGUUCCCUUCCACAUCCUUUUGCCUUGACAUUAUUUGAGGACACAUUGUACUGGACUGACUGGAAUACACACUCCAUUUUGGCUUGCAACAAGUACACUGGCGAGGGUCUGCGUGAAAUCCAUUCUAACAUCUUCUCUCCCAUGGAUAUACAUGCCUUCAGCCAACAGAGGCAGCCAAAUGCUACAAAUCCAUGUGGAAUUGAUAACGGUGGUUGUUCUCACUUGUGUUUGAUGUCUCCAGUCAAACCUUUUUAUCAGUGUGCUUGCCCAACUGGGGUCAAACUCCUGGAGAAUGGAAAAACCUGCAAAGAUGGUGCCACUGAAUUACUGCUUUUAGCACGAAGGACAGACUUGAGACGCAUUUCUUUGGAUACACCAGAUUUCACAGACAUUGUUUUGCAAUUAGAAGACAUCCGUCAUGCCAUUGCCAUAGAUUAUGAUCCUGUGGAAGGCUAUAUAUACUGGACUGAUGAUGAAGUGAGGGCCAUUCGCCGCUCAUUCAUAGAUGGAUCUGGCAGUCAGUUUGUGGUCACCGCUCAAAUUGCGCAUCCUGAUGGCAUUGCUGUUGACUGGGUUGCCCGAAAUCUUUAUUGGACAGACACUGGCACUGAUCGGAUAGAAGUGACAAGGCUGAAUGGGACCAUGAGGAAGAUCUUGAUUUCAGAGGACUUAGAGGAACCCCGGGCUAUUGUGUUAGAUCCCAUGGUUGGGUAUAUGUAUUGGACUGACUGGGGAGAAAUUCCGAAAAUUGAGCGAGCAGCUCUGGAUGGUUCCGACCGAGUAGUGUUGGUUAACACUUCUCUUGGUUGGCCAAAUGGUUUAGCCUUGGAUUAUGAUGAAGGCAAAAUAUACUGGGGAGAUGCCAAAACAGACAAAAUUGAGGUUAUGAAUACUGAUGGCACUGGGAGAAGAGUACUAGUAGAAGACAAAAUUCCUCACAUAUUUGGGUUUACCUUGUUGGGUGACUAUGUUUACUGGACUGACUGGCAGAGGCGUAGCAUUGAAAGAGUACACAAACGAAGUGCAGAGAGGGAAAUCAUCAUCGACCAGCUUCCUGACCUCAUGGGCCUAAAGGCCACAAAUGUUCAUCGAAUCAUUGGUUCCAACCCCUGCGCUGAGGAAAAUGGGGGAUGUAGCCAUCUUUGCCUCUAUAGGCCUCAGGGCCUCCGCUGUGCCUGCCCCAUUGGCUUUGAACUCAUCAGUGACAUGAAGACCUGCAUUGUCCCAGAGGCUUUCCUUUUGUUUUCACGGAGAGCAGAUAUCAGGCGAAUUUCUUUGGAAACUAACAAUAAUAAUGUGGCUAUUCCUCUUACUGGUGUCAAAGAAGCUUCUGCUUUGGAUUUUGAUGUAACAGACAACCGCAUUUACUGGACAGAUAUAUCACUCAAGACCAUCAGCAGAGCCUUUAUGAAUGGCAGUGCACUGGAACACGUGGUAGAAUUUGGCUUAGAUUAUCCAGAAGGCAUGGCAGUAGACUGGCUUGGGAAGAACUUGUACUGGGCAGACACAGGAACAAAUCGAAUUGAAGUGUCAAAGUUGGAUGGGCAGCACCGACAGGUUUUGGUGUGGAAAGACUUAGAUAGCCCCAGAGCUCUUGCAUUGGACCCUGCUGAAGGAUUUAUGUAUUGGACUGAAUGGGGUGGAAAACCUAAGAUAGACCGAGCUGCCAUGGAUGGAAGUGAACGUACUACAUUAGUUCCAAAUGUGGGCCGGGCAAAUGGCCUAACUAUAGAUUAUGCUAAAAGGAGGCUUUAUUGGACAGACUUGGACACCAACUUAAUAGAAUCUUCAAAUAUGCUCGGACUUAACCGUGAAGUUAUAGCAGAUGACUUGCCUCAUCCUUUUGGCUUAACUCAGUACCAAGAUUACAUCUACUGGACGGACUGGAGCCGACGCAGCAUUGAACGUGCCAACAAAACCAGUGGCCAAAACCGCACCAUCAUUCAGGGCCAUUUGGAUUAUGUGAUGGACAUCCUUGUCUUUCACUCCUCUCGGCAGGCAGGAUGGAACGAGUGUGCUUCCAGCAAUGGGCACUGCUCCCACCUCUGCUUAGCUGUGCCAGUUGGAGGUUUUGUUUGUGGAUGCCCUGCCCACUACUCUCUCAACGCUGACAAUAGGACUUGUAGUGCUCCAACUACUUUCCUGCUCUUCAGUCAAAAGAGUGCUAUCAACCGCAUGGUGAUUGAUGAGCAGCAGAGCCCUGACAUCAUCCUUCCUAUCCACAGCCUUCGCAAUGUCCGGGCCAUAGACUAUGACCCACUGGACAAGCAACUCUAUUGGAUUGACUCACGACAAAACAUGAUCCGAAAAGCACAAGAAGAUGGCAGCCAGGGCUUUACUGUGGUUGUGAGCUCAGUUCCAAAUCAGAACCUAGAAAUACAACCCUAUGACCUCAGCAUUGACAUUUAUAGCCGCUACAUUUACUGGACUUGUGAGGCCACCAAUGUCAUUAACGUAACAAGAUUAGAUGGGAGAUCAAUUGGAGUGGUACUAAAAGGCGAGCAAGACAGACCUCGAGCCAUUGUGGUGAACCCGGAGAAGGGGUAUAUGUAUUUUACCAAUCUUCAGGAAAGGUCUCCCAAAAUUGAACGGGCUGCUUUGGAUGGAACAGAACGGGAGGUCCUCUUUUUCAGUGGCUUAAGUAAACCAAUUGCAUUAGCCCUUGAUAGCAGAUUGGGCAAGCUCUUUUGGGCAGAUUCAGAUCUCCGGCGAAUUGAAAGCAGUGAUCUCUCAGGUGCCAACCGGAUAGUAUUAGAAGACUCCAAUAUCUUGCAGCCUGUGGGACUGACUGUGUUUGAAAACUGGCUAUAUUGGAUUGAUAAGCAGCAGCAAAUGAUUGAAAAAAUUGACAUGACAGGUCGAGAGGGUAGAACCAAAGUCCAGGCUCGAAUUGCCCAGCUUAGUGACAUUCAUGCAGUGAAAGAGCUGAAUCUUCAGGAAUAUAGACAGCACCCUUGUGCUCAGGAUAAUGGUGGCUGUUCACAUAUUUGUCUUGUAAAAGGAGAUGGUACUACAAGGUGCUCUUGUCCCAUGCACUUGGUUCUGCUUCAAGAUGAGCUGUCAUGCGGAGAACCCCCAACAUGUUCUCCUCAGCAGUUUACUUGUUUCACGGGAGAAAUUGACUGUAUCCCUGUGGCAUGGCGCUGUGAUGGGUUUACUGAAUGUGAAGACCAUAGUGAUGAGCUCAACUGUCCUGUAUGCUCAGAAUCCCAGUUCCAGUGUGCCAGUGGGCAGUGUAUUGAUGGUGCCCUCCGAUGCAAUGGAGAUGCAAACUGCCAGGAUAAAUCAGAUGAGAAGAACUGUGAAGUGCUUUGUUUAAUUGAUCAGUUCCGCUGUUCCAACGGUCAGUGCAUUGGAAAACAUAAGAAAUGUGAUCAUAAUGUGGAUUGCAGUGACAAGUCAGAUGAAUUGGAUUGUUAUCCAACUGAGGAACCAACUCCACAGGCCACCAACACCGUUGGUUCAGUUAUUGGAGUAAUUGUCACCAUCUUUGUGUCCGGAACUAUAUACUUUAUCUGCCAGAGAAUGUUGUGUCCACGUAUGAAGGGAGAUGGGGAAACCAUGACUAAUGACUAUGUAGUUCAUGGACCAGCUUCUGUGCCCCUUGGUUAUGUGCCACAUCCAAGUUCUUUGUCAGGAUCUCUUCCAGGAAUGUCUCGAGGUAAAUCAAUGAUCAGCUCCCUAAGUAUCAUGGGGGGCAGCAGUGGACCCCCUUAUGACCGAGCUCAUGUCACAGGAGCAUCAUCAAGUAGUUCUUCAAGCACCAAAGGCACUUACUUCCCUGCAAUUUUGAACCCUCCGCCAUCCCCAGCCACAGAGCGAUCACAUUACACUAUGGAAUUUGGUUAUUCUUCGAAUAGUCCUUCUACUCAUAGGUCCUACAGGUACAGCUACAGGCCAUACAGUUACCGGCACUUUGCACCCCCUACCACACCCUGCAGCACAGAUGUUUGUGACAGUGACUAUGCUCCCAGCCGGAGAAUGACCUCAGUGGCAACAGCCAAGGGCUACACUAGUGACUUGAACUAUGAUUCAGAGCCUGUGCCUCCACCUCCCACACCCCGAAGCCAGUACCUAUCAGCAGAAGAGAACUAUGAAAGCUGCCCACCUUCUCCAUACACAGAGAGGAGCUACUCUCAUCACCUCUACCCACCGCCGCCCUCUCCCUGUACAGACUCCUCCUGAGGAGGGGCCCUCCUCCUCUGACUGCCUCCAAUGCAAAAAUGUAAAUACAAAUUUGGUUGAGAUCUGGAGGGGGGGAGGGAGCUAUUAGAGAAAGAUGAGGCAGACCAUGUACAGUUAAAAAUUAUAAAUGGGGUAGGGAAUACUGGAGAUAUUUGUACAGAAGAAAAGGAUAUUUAUAUAUUUUUCUUAAAACAGCAGAUUUGCUGCUUGUGCCAUAAAAAUUUGUAUAAAAAAUAAAUUUGUAUUAAAAGUUUUAUUUUUGCAAACUAAAUACACAAAGCAUGCCUUAAACCCAGUGAACUGACUGAAUACAAAGGAAACAGAAAUAAUAAAGGCAUCACUGACCAGGAAUGUCUGGGCUUUAUUGAUACCAAAAAAAAAAAAAGAGAGAGAGAGAAAAAGAAGAAGAAGAAGAAGAAGAAAAAUUUAAGUCCAUCUCAGAGCAGCAAACCACAGAUACUUGGAAGUAGCCAAAUAGCCUUCAUGUUAACUAACAUUUGAGGGCCAACAAGUUUAAGAAAUCACGAAAGGGAAAAAAAAGGAAUUAAAACUAACUUUGGACAAAGGGCUUUGUUUUCUCUAGGAAUCCAAUUAUUUUAGUGAGGAAAAUAGGUAUUUAUAAAAAUCCCUUCUGGGUGUUGCUAUUUUAGGAGAUCAGCUGUCUGGUAAGAAGGUGUGGGGCUCUUUGUGUGUGCAAGUCUUCUGUCCCUACCUUGGAACCCACAACUUCUGGCAAAAGAAUUAAUUUUUUCACUAGGUGUUUUUUACCUUGCUUCCUCCCCCAGCAGCUUUCUUUGUAGGACAUUUUGCCAAGAUAUCACAAUUUAUUCACAACUUUUUAUCUGAGGAUUGAUUAAAUGGAAUUUCCUAAAUUAAGGUUGCAUUUUAAUAUUUCUACUAGCUCCAUUCCUCUGUAGGCUUAGCUCUUCAAUUUGACUGCUGUUUUUGCAUAAUGAUCAAAGGUUAGACAUAUUAUUGCUCCUCUUCCAAGAUUGUUUUAAUGCUCAUUAAAAAUCUUUUUACAACACAUAUAGGCAAUGUUUAAGAAUUACAAAUUUAACCAUUAUGUUUUUGUUGUAAAUUAAUCAUAUAUCCUUGCAGUACUUUCAGCACAUAAUAUCACAAUAUGAAAUCGUUUAUAUAUAUAUGUUUUUUUCCUAGUAAAACAUUUAAAUAUGUUCCAGUUAGAGACAAUCUAUUUAAAAAGAGAAUUUUUUUUGUUAUCAUUAGAUUUUCCCUUUAUUAACUGUUUGUGACAUUUUCAUGUUCUUUAGGUUACUUUUUCUCAGAACAAUGUCUACAUACAUACCUCUUUUAAUGUGUGACGUGAGUUUAAUAUCUUCCUGUUACCCAAUGUGAAUGUUAAGAUUGUUUUCAAAUUAUCCACAAAUUAUUCUUAUACUCACCUCUUAUAUAUUUUUGUGUGUUCUCUCUUAUCCCAUUAUGGAUUAAGAUGAUUUAACAAAUUUAUCAAUAUGGAUUAAAUGAGAAGGCCAACCUAGUAACUUCUCAGCUGUCAGAACUUGGGUGGAGGGGAAUAAUGGAAGGCUCUUACAUAAUCAGCCUGCCCCGCCUGGUCCUUGGGCUGCUGCAUCUUUAGCUCUCAAGGGCUGACGAGGGACAGUUCUAGCACUGCUCUGCCACCUUGCCACAAGUCAGUUUCCUGCUUUUUACGUGUUUCCAGCACUUCUCUGCUAAAACAAAAUGUUUUUAAACUAAUGUAUUUUUACUUUACCAGAUGUCAGUCAAUUAGUUACCAAAUGAUUUUUUUUUUUUUUUUUUUUUUUUUUUUUUUAAAUUCUGUCUUGCUGAGGCCUCCUCUCUGGAUUUUCGGGCCAAGAGAAAACAAUGGAAGAAGAGAUUCAGAAUUCUGGCAGGGAUGAAGUAAACUUUUUAAGCAAUUAAAAAUACCUAAGGAAUCUUUUUAAAGAGGAAAAAUAUGUGGUUUCAGAAUAAUGCUUAGAUUGUUGGGGACACCUGAUAUGAAUCAGGUGCACUUGAUUUUGCAUAUAAAGAAAUGGUGAUCCAUCAGUGUCUUGCAUUUCAGGUGAACAAGCAUUAACUCUUCCUGUUGGUAGACAAAGUGCUCACAGUUUAACAGAAUGGACACUGGAGUUGUAUUCUGUGACACGAGGCCUUUGAUGCUUAAAUGAAGAUAGAAAGGUUAGCAAUAACUGGGUAUCAAUUAGAAUUUGAGAAUUCUAUAUGUUUACAUUUUUAUUGUGCAUCUUUAUCCGGUGGGCUUCCCAUGUGGAAACUUGCACUAUAAUGAAUUAAGAAGAAUACUGCCUUGUUAUAUCUCAGUCCAAGUGCUUGUACUGCGAUGGCAAUGGCCUCUUCUUGCAAAAUACUGAUUUGUGUGCCAAUUUGUUUGAAAUUAUUUGAAGGCAGUUCCGCUUAAUCUCAGAAUCCUCUUUCUGGGGUAUUUGAGAUGGAUUCUUAAUGUUUUGGGGAGGGUACCUUUAAAUGAGAGAAUUAUCAAAAUUCAGGAAAGAUUGGCCCUCAGAUUACAUGGACAGUUAAGCAUAAGUAAACUCUUUUGAUUAUUAGACACAAGAGGUUUAAUUGGAGAAACUGCAGAUAAAAAAACAUGAGCACAAAUCAGGGGAAAAAGUAGAAAAGGAUUUAGAAUUUGGUAUGUUGCUAUAUUCAUUAUCCAUGAAGAAAAAAAGAAUAAAAUGUUGUUAGAGUCAUUAAAUACUGAAGUAUUUAAUUUUGAACAUAUGCCUUAUUCUAUUUACUGAUGUGAUUAAAAUUAUCUGAGAAAUGAGCUCUUGCAUAGCAUACUUUUUAUGUACUAUGUAGUAGACUAGACUUCAUUGAGGUGGUCUUUUUAACUCUGAACAGUGGCCUAAGGGAUUUUGCUGCUUAAAUCGAAUAAUGGCAUAGUCACAAGGAAAAAAAACAAAACAGAGUUAAGGGAUAGAAUUCUCGGUAUUAAUUUUUCUUUCAUGAAAUUUUAUUAUGCCUUUGACGCUGCUGCUAUUCUGUAGUAGCUUAGAUGUCUGUCUAGCAGGAAAUUAGUUAUUUUAAUAUAAAAUACUGUAUGAUACACCAUGAGGCGCUAUUAUGACCCUUGAGAACAGCUAUUCUGAAGAGAUGAUAUAUAUUUAGAAAUGAAGACUUUACAGUACAUUUCCAUCUAUAGGCCAUUAAUUUGGGGGCAGGACUUUUGAGCAGUAAAAUUUUAGCAUGAAUUGAUAUAUUUGUUCAUCAUUUUAAAAUACUCUAAAGUCAGUAAUUGUAUAAGGCCAACUCCACCAUUUGCAUUAGGUAGCCAUUAGUUUUGGGGUAAAAUCUUUUUGUUUUGCCGUCAAGGCCUAUUAAUGCAGAAUACUUCAAGCCGAGUUAGUAGCUGCAGCUUAGCUAGCCUAUUGAUGAAUCUGUGUAUGUUUGUGCAACCUGAUACCAGCCAUCAUAAUAGACUACUUCUGCUUCUCUGAUAGUUGUGCUGGUGGAGUCCUGUGCCCAGAUUCAAUUCCUAGAAAUGUUUUUAAAAUUGUUUUUUCUCUUGCAGGGGAAACUUGCCACUUUAUUGAAUUGGCAUGCCAUAAGAGUUGUGUAUUGGUUACCAUUACACAUCUAACAAAAUUGAGAAACAAAGUCUUGGGCUUUUCAUACCCCAAGCUUUUAAUAAGCUUAAGUCUGUAUAAUGACAUACGUAGUAUGUUUGGAGUGUGGCUAUGAGUAUGUGAAUAUCAGUUGGCCAACAAAUGUUUGGGCAUCCACAAAUGAGACUAUACAUGAAGUGUAGACAGGGACUGAGUCAUGAGUUUAUAAUCAAGUGUUGUUUAAAACAUGUUCUCAGAAUUCUUGAACUCAAAUUUAAUUUUAUUUGAUACUCCUCUCUUUAUCCGAAGCCUAAAAUGAGCCAAGAGAAAUAACAGAUGAUUUUAGAAAGUACUGGUAGCAUAUGUGUGGUUUCUGACUUCUGGGAUGGCAUCAUUUCAUCAUAGUCCCAAAAUUUGGCUUUUGAAAUUUUCAAUUUUAGGGGAUAACGUUUUACAUUUAUAGUUUAAAAUUUUUAAAUUAUGAGCAUCAUGAAUCCAUAUACUCAGGAUAUUUCCAUUGGACUUGAUUCUGCAUCUCAUUAAACUAAGCCUGCCCCUGAGUAGAAGGGGGUAGUCAGUAGGAAUCUUAGAUCUUACUGACUACCCUCCUCUCCCUCCUUCAGUCCAGGUAAAUUUUACUUGGUUUUCCUUUUUCAUAACACAUCCUUAAACUGUUGUUAAGUUUAUUGCAGGAAAAAAUCUUCAUGACUUUACAGAUACAACUAUAAACUAUGUGAUUUCUUGUACUCAGAGUAUAGACCUAACGAAAACUAACUUAUAGAUUUUCACCAUUAUGUAGGGUUUACCCAGAAGUUUACACCAAAGAUUUAGAAACAGUGUGCUUUUGCUUACGCUUAACUGUCCAUUUUUUUUAAACAAAUAUAAGCAGGAUAUAUGUAUAUACCUAAAUAUGAAUAUUAAAAGGAAAAGAAAGUGAAUAAAUCUAAUUUUACAUGAAAUUAAAUAUCUGGGGUUAGUAGGAAAAUUUGAAAAGAGUUAAGAGGAUACCAAGAAGCUUAAGCUGGACUAGCCUUAUUUGCAAGUGAAGGAUCUGGUGCUGCUUUCAGAUGUUUAUCCUUUGUGUUUUUAAAUUUUUUUCUUAAGCUUUAAUCUUUGUUAUUGUCUUAAAGUCAGCUGGUGUUUCUUGUUCAUGGACUUUGGUACGAUGGUGCUUUGCAAGGAUGUAUUUAUAUUUUAAUGGCCAACAUUUGGUCAGCCCUUGUCCACUAUUCACUUCCCCCUUUUUGUAAAAUAAGUGCUUUAAUUGUAAACUGUAUAAAAAUACCUUGUAUAAAUCCCCUUUUGAUUAUUACAAUAAGCUGAGUUGUAACAAAUGAAAUGUUGAUUUUUAUAAUAAAACAGUGGAAAAUAAAA